GAUUUACUUCAGUAAAUCGAACCACGUAAAUCUCUGUGUCGUGAUCUGUAUUUUCCUGCAUUCACUAACAUCAGAAAUUCGCGGAUUCAUCAAUAUGCAUCAUCAUCAUAGUCAUACAAAUAUGGCCUAUUACGGGCCUCCUAUGCCUCCACCCACGUACUUGGACACAAACACGAACACGAACGACAACAUGUUCAGCGAUGAGAAUCCUAACGGAUGCUCCGUCAUGUAAACAUGAUCCCUAUCUACAUUUCUAAAGUUGCAAUUUUCAAUUGUAUAUAAGAAAGAUAAAGUGCCAUAUAGAUAUAUUGAAGCAUAGAGUAUAAAAUUUUCAUUCGGGAAAAACAUUGAAUAAAGCUUAGCGUUACAAUAUAUUGCUUUAUCUUUUCCACAUACAAUAGAUUUGUGCAGGGCCGGCUCUGGGGGCAGGCAACCCAGGCCACGGCCAGGGGCCCAGGAUGGACAGGGGCCCAAAAUUUUUUUGCGCUAUAUAACACACACAAUCACUCUGGACCUCAUGACCGUCGCGGGAGAGGCCCUCCAGACCAACAUCACCACCCUCGGGCCUCUCGUCCUCCCCAUGUCCGAGCAGCUCCUCUUCCUGGCAACACUCAUCGCGAAAAAGCUCCAAAAGAUGAAGGUCAAGCCCUACGUGCCCGACUUCAAGCUCGCGUUCGAGCACUUUUGCAUCCACACGGGCAGGCGGGGCGUGCUUGAUGAGCUCGAGAAGAAUCUGAAUUUAAGCAAGUGGGACAUGGAGCCUUCUAGAAUGACGUUGUAUAGGUUCGGGAACACGUCGAGCAGCUCGCUGUGGUACGUGUUGGGCCAGUAUGGGGCCUUGACAUCCAGCUUGGCCAAGGGCCCUUCAAAACACAGAGCCGGCGCUGGAUUUGUGUAUCAUAAUAAUCUAUAGUUAGUGUUGCUUUCUCUUGAUAGGAAAAAUAUAUAUGGCCUUUAUGAACGACCAAUAGGCAAUUGGUGCAUUACAUGAAAUGUAACCCUUUUUAAUUUUAUACUCUAUUGUCUAAAAGUUGGUGUGAA